AUCAUUCAAUUUUUCCUGAUCUUAAUAAAAAUUUAAUUAAACGUUCAAAAGAAUUAUCAAAUAAAAUAAAUAUUACAACUAAUGAACUUUUUUAUUUAUCAAUUCUUGUUCCAACUAGACAUCAAAAAUGUUCAUUUGCUCCCGAACAAAUAACAACAGAUUUAAUUUGUCAACGAAUUAAUUCUCAAUUUCGUUUAUCACCAAAUAUAAAAUUUUAUUUACAAUCAAUCAUUAAUUCACUUAUAUGUUCAUUCAAUCAUGAAAUAAAUUUAUUAAAAUUAGAAUUAAAUAUAAAAACAAAACAAUUAUCAUUUUAUCGUCAUUCAUUAACUAAUAUUCAUUGUCAAUAUAUACAGAAUUUGAUUCAAAUUUUAUCAACUGGACAACAAUCAUUUAAUAAACAAUUACAAAUACAAUUUUAUGAACCAUUAGUAAAUAUAAUCAAUGAUUUUAAUCGUAUGAAUAAUGAAAAAACAGAU